ACAAAAUAUUUUAUUCAUUGUAUAUUUAGCAACUGGUCGCAGUAGUGUCUAAGCUUUGUCACUUAUUUUGUAUCUUCACAUUGAUAACAUUUAAAAAUCGUGAGCAUUUCUUGACCUUUAAAAGACAUCCAUAUGUCAGAGUUGAAUACACAUACAUUAGAACACACAGAAGAGUAUAUUUGAUUCAACAAACAAAUUCACAAUGUCGUCUAAUUCACACUAUAAUUUCAUCGUUCUCUGUUGUUUUAUAAUAUCAGUGUUUGGAAAAAAUUGCUUUUGGAAUUCUCAAUGUGCCUUUAACCAUUUCUCAAGCAAAACCCCUUAUAAUUGUAUCAGAGGAGACCUGAGAGAUUCAUUCGUGAAGGUUAAAGGUUGUGAACCAGUAAGUAUAUGGGGAAUAUAUCGCCAUGGAAAAAGAGAACCGGGCGCUAAAUUCGCAGAAAGCAUGAAGCAGGCUUUACCUAUAAGGAAUUAUAUCACAACAAGUUACAAAAAAGGACGUAGUUCUCUUUGUGCUCAGGAUGUUGAAAAUUUACAGAACUGGCAAUUAAAUCAAAACACUUUAAACGGUAAAAGUGAUCUGACAGAAGAAGGCCGCCAAGAAAUGCUUGGGCUUAGCAAGCGCCUUAAAGAAGUGUUUCCAGAUUUAUUGAGUGAACUUCGCAAUGGAGAUUAUUCUUUUAGAUCUGCUUCAGGUUCUUGGAUAGAAAAAAGUAUUCAACAUUUCGUAAAGGGCUUAGGAGACGACUUAACAAUAGAAAAAGUAAAAGCAGGUGCAGAUGUGAUGGCUCCAUAUGCAACAUGUGGUUCCUACCAGAAAGAUGUGCAGCGAAAUCCUAAUAUUUAUGUUGAAGCUGCGAAGUAUAUGCAGAAUUCAGAAUAUUUAGCAACCAAAGACAGAAUACAGAGACGUACUGGCAUUGAUUAUAUGCUCACCGAUGAUAAUAUAACAGCUUUAUACGAUUUGUGUCGAUACACGUGGUCUGCAGUUGACAAUAAAUUCAGUCCCUGGUGUGCUGUUUUUACCAAAGAUGAUUUAGAAGUCCUCGAAUAUAUUCAAGAUCUGAAACAUUACUAUAGGAAUGGUUAUGGUACGUCAGUCAACGAACUUUUUGGGAGAGUGCCAUUAGCAAACCUGUUAGAGAGUUUCGAAAGCGCCAAAAAAGGACAUGGAAAGAAAAUUGUAACUUACGUUACUCACGCUACUAUGUUAGAUCAAAUAUAUACAGCUUUAGGACUUUUUAAGGAUAGCGCCAAGUUGAAUGGCUUAAAUAGGGAUCGUGAAAGAAAAUGGAGAUCUAGCAAGAUAUCAGUGUUCUCUGCCAAUUUGAUAGCUGUUUUAAACAGAUGUACAGACAAUUCAGAAGACUAUAACGUGGUGUUCUACUUAAACGAAGAGCCAAUGAGAUCGAUAUGCGAGGAGGGUGUUUGUUCCUGGCGAGAAUUCGAGAAUAAAUUGCGGCCAUUUAUUAACACAACUAUCGACUUUUGCGAGUUUCGAAGUGAGCCUUAUUAGUACUGAAAUCAUUUUUUUGUCGUAUCUAUAAUAAUAUUUUUAAACAUUGAAUACUUAAUAAUGAACGAAUAUCGUCGAUUCUUUUAAAAUAUAUUCUUUGUAUUUUUUUUAUUGAAUCAUAUAAAUAUCUUAUUGUAUAAUAA